CACAGAUGUCAUAACAAAUACAUUGUUUACAUACUCAAUAAUCGUUACAAUUAAAGGAAUUUGACCUAAUUUUUUCAACACAACAUUUUAAGCAAAAAUUAAAAUGGCUCACACUCAAUAUUUAGAUGAGGUUAUAAGAGAAUAUUUAACAUUUCGAGGCUUUGCAAGUACAGUAAAAGUGUUUGAUUCAGAGUUAAAGUCAGACAAGGGUAAAAGUUUUAGAGUUGAUAAAAUUAUUGAUCAAUUAAUGCAGUUCAUAACUAAUUACGAUCUAAAUUCCUUGAGGGAAUUGUGGGGACAUUUGGACAUGCACAUGUUUUCAAAAUUGGAAAGUCAUUUUGCAACUGGUGUUAAGAAACUCGAAAAUGCCGUAUUAAAGUUGUAUUUGGUCAAUGCAAUUGUUAAUAACAAAUCAGAAAAAGUUAAUGAGUUCUUUGUUAAAAUGACACCAGAGUUACAGAACCAAACUGAGUGGAAAGAUUGGUUUGUAAUCCCCUUCAUAAAAAACCCUGAGGAGAAUCCAACAUUUUCUCUCCAUUUCUCAAAACAGUAUCAAGAUACACUAUUGGUGUCUCUUCAUAAUUUUCUUGCCUCAAUCUUCCAGUACAUGCCAACACCAACUUUAAUGCAAUAUGAGGAGUAUUCAAAUAAAAUAGCAAAACUGGAACAACGCAAUGAAUCUUUAAAAAAUCGUUUGUCCUUGCUGAUAGAAAGGGGGCCAGAAUCUAGUGUUACCCCCUGUAAUGUGGAGCCCCCGCCUCAUUUACUGGACGAUUUUUACAUAAUAGCUCAGGAGAAUAAUAUAAUAGACAGUCAAGGUAAAUCUCUAAAAAAUCUCAUUAGAAAUAUGGGAACUUCAUCUAGUCCUAUUCUGGGAAGAAAAGACAAUUCUGCUAAUUCUAAAAAGAGGCUUGGAACUACACCAAGAAAUAUAAUUUAAGUUUUAAAUAAAUUUAGUAAAUGUUUAA